CGUCAUCAUGCGGCGUCGGCUUGUCCGUCGUCCGGCGUGGCCGGUGGGAAGGCGAGUGCGGCGUGCCCCGGGUUCCGGGGAGCUCGGAGGACGAUGAUUUUCCGGCGGUUGCUGGCUGCCCUGCUGCACAACCCGCAGCUGGUGGAACGGCUUUCCGAGUCGCGGCCCAUCCGGCGGGCGGCGCAACUCACGGCCUUCGCGCUGCUGCAGCUGCAACUGCGCGGCCACGACGCGGCCCGCCGUCUGCGAGCCCUCGCGGAUCAGCCCCCCGGCUCCUUGGGUCGCCGCGUGGUGCGGUUCAAGGACACCUUCACCCAGGAACUCCGCCGCCGCCUCCAGGACCGUCGAGGACCACCCCCCGGUCAUCAGAAGGGCCCGGGCGCCAAAGCGUAAGCACAGACUGGACCCUCCCGGGCCGAAGUCACGUCCCCUCCUCCCUUCAGUGACCUACGCCGACCUCAGUGUUCAUGAGUUAUCUGGGGCUCUAUGCACGGCUUCUAAUCCUGACUCGGAUUGUCAACAUGCAGAUGCCUAAGGUCAAAUGGACCUGUGCGUGCUGGUCCUGUGACUAGGCAGGACGUAGAGGGGAGUCUAGAGCACAGCAUAGCAUGACUGAGAGCCAUGGAUAAACAACCAGAAAGAACGCCUGCCUUCUGCAAGCGGGACUGAAGCUGAAUAAAUGCUGCUGCAUCCGCACUGGUUCAGGAGAAUACCAGGGAAGACGGUGGAUGGAAUGACAACCCUAAAGUUGCCAAAAUCUGAUUAAAUAUGAAGCAGUCCCCAGGACAGCCUCAGAGAUGGACAAAGGAGGAGCCACGGUAUCUAAAGACUUGCAUGUCUCAGCACUGGAGGCAGCGCUUUGCCGUGGAUUCCGGCCUGGGUCUGCCUUCCCCUCGAGAGUACACCUCCAUUCUACCUUCUCACCCGCUGAAGUGAACCCUGACUGCUCGCUCUCUGGGUCCCCAUAUGAGUUCUUCAGAACUGAGGCUGCUGUCAACGUGACCCAAGCUGGAGUCAUCAGAGAGGAGGGAGCCUGGGGCUGAGGAAAUGUCUCC